AAGCUAGCGAGGGAGUCGCGGUUUUUCCUGGAUCAAAACAACAAAAAGGGACACAUUUUUUGAUUGAAUAGAAACAUAUUUAGUAUAAUUAAGUGUUUUUGAUGUGCCUCUACUCUGUGAUAGUUUAGAUCGAUCGUCUUUAAUACACAUCGAGUGAUGAUAGCAUCAGAUUGUUUUAGAAUUGGUGAAAGAAAUAAAAUAAAAUGACAAAUUCAGGUUUUGUAGUAGUUAAGCAAAAUGAAGCACCUGGUGAACUAAACGAGGUGUGUAAUACACGGCCAGUGUGUACUGAUAUAGUGUGUAACUAAUACGGUGGCCUGGAAGUGCAAACCAUGAUUACAAAACAUGAAACUAAUUUUCAAAAGCCACAGUCUUACGGAAAGGGAAUGUACCAAAUGCUGCAAGGGACCCAAAGUCCAUGGCCUCUGCAGACAUGGACCACGCCCAGCUGGAGGCUUUCCUGACUGCUCAGACCAGGAAGCAGGGCAGCGGCGGGGUGAGCGCCGAACAGGCCGCCGCCCUCUCUCGCUUCUGGAAGAGCCAGCGUGUUCGUGUACGGGAGAGCGUGCUGGCUCAAAGCCGCUGGGAGCCUGGACUCAGGGGCAUUUCCUGGAGGGUGGACCUGCAGGCCGCAGACAGCCAGGGUGUCGCCGCCCACAGCGGCCCGGUCGCCCUGGUUGAGCUGGAAGUGGGCCGGACUGGACAGGACUCGGAGUUUGUGUGUCUGGAGUUUGAUGAAGCCCGAGUCAACCGGGUUCUGAAGAAGAUGGCCGACAUCCAGGAGAGCAUGGACAGGAUCAUCCAGCAGACCUGAGCGGAGAAUCGCUGACUCACAAAGACUCUGAAAACACAUGCAUUUCAUGAUUCUGUUAAGCGGCUUUAUUUAGACGCACUGAUCCUGAUCCUGACGGGUCGCACCUGCUCACGGACCAAGGAUUCGUUUUAUGUGAACUGUUAAAGGGAUAGUUCAGGAUGUGUGGUUGUGUUAGUGAUCUGAUUAGAAAGUGGUUUGAUGCAAUUAAAGCCCAACUAUGCAGGAUUUUUACCCUAA